AUGAGUUUCGCACAGUCUCAACCGUCAUCUGUUUCACCGUAUUCGAACGUUGUUCCUUAUAAUUACAAUAAUAAUCCAUCAUAUCACGGUCCAUCGUCAUUUGAUUUAGCUAAAAAUGACAGUUUUUUUGGUUAUCAAAACCCAGGGGCGGCUCUUCAUGCGAUAACACCAGCUACUAACGGAAGACCUAUUCAAACCAUUACGGCAGUGGGUGGUACAAUUCCUGAUAUAACUCAGUUCGGUGGCUCAUUCUUUGAUUUAAGAUCACCAGAAGAAAUAUUCGCCGAUAUGGAUCAAAAAUUGGGGAGACAACGAGAUGCUGCGUUAGCUUCGCCAGCAGCAAUGAAAAUGCUUCGCUAG